AUGAUGAGGCACUUUGUUCUCCAACUACCGAUUUCAUUAUUAUUGCCGCUAAUCUCUAUAGAGACACAUUCUCUUCGCCAAGAUAUCUCCAUAGCUGAGCUGAACACAUAUUUGGAAACAUUUUUCGCUAGGCAGAAUUCAACAACAGUAGAGGAGUGGGAGAAAAGCCUGCCAACACCAGAAGAGAGGGAGGACAUGAGGAAAUUGCUCUCAUAUGUCUAUCGAUUGGACGUAUUCGAGAAUCUCAACGGAGAAGUGUUAAAGAACUAUCCACACCUGAGGGAAUACCUGAACAUAACUGUUUUACAAGGACACUACUGUGUGAUUCACGAGCUGAUCCCCACGGGACCAUUGUUAUUUCCUCGGAUGUGGGGUUAUACCGUGAUCGCAUCAAAAUCCUUUGCACGUCGGCUAUUACAUCACUCAGCGGUCCACUACGAUUCCGAUGGCCCUGUAUGUGCUCAGGCUGCUGCACUUUUCGAGAAUACUCAGUCGAGAACACUUGCAAUCGCGGGAGCUAGCAGAUACGCUGUCAAAGGAAAUCAUCCCUCUGAGUGUCAGCAAAAGUUCCAGCUGGCUGAUGCUGCGCAUAACAAUCGGACCAUGUUUCAUGUCAGUUGA